AUGCCCGGAUUGAGCCAUAGCAUCGAAAGGGAUGUUCUCGAUGGACCUCCGUUUGCAACAGUGGUCGCUCAAUCCGACGAUGGACACCGGGCGGAAGUUAUGAUGAAGAGAGAGAUAAUACCAUCACAUGAAUUGGAUCGAACUAUGAUCCCCUUAGAAAUCGCUGCCGCAACUAGCCACGUGCCCCCUUUACGAUACCCUGCUCGCAACGCCGACAGUCACUACCUCCCGAAAUGGAUGAAUAUGGUCUCUCCCGUUGAAUACGAUGGAAUGGUUCAAGAUACUCCGCCUCCGCUGUCUCUUUCCGUGUUAUUGGAUGAUGAGUUCAAAGUGCCGACUCCUGCCGCUGUGGUUCCCGAUAAGGCAAUGACUGUGACUGACAGGCGGAGGGCUCGAAUGCUGCGUCAUAAGCAAAAGAUUCCACUUCACGAAGCUGAUGAUGACGCAGUUGCAGCUGCUGUGGUCACCAACACCACUGCAGACGCAUUGAGACCUGUUGCUGGUCCUUCGAUUGCCGGCCUCCGCAGCGGUGGGGACCUCCCUCAUCUGGGACAUCAGAUGAUGUUGGAUUCGGAGGAACUUCACUCUCUAGCCGUCCCUACUACACGCAGGAGUAUUAGUGAUGUUGAGGAGGAUCUUCAUAAAUCCAUUGCUGACAUUUUCACAGAGGAUAGAUCAAAGGGUUACAUCUCAUCGAGCAGUGACCGUGACCGAGAUCGAGAAAGACGCCACAAGUAUCGUCAUUCUCGCCAUUCUUCUCAUUCUAGCAGAAAUCGUGGAGAGGAAGAGGGCAGAGAAUAUAGAGAGAGCAGAGACAGUAAACGUCGCUCACACGAAUCUCAAGGGUCUAACUACCGUCGUUCUACCCAGGAUAACGGUGGUUCUAGGCCUGGUUCUGGGUCAUCCAAGCUGGACACCCCGCCUCGAACUCCUCGACGGCGCCACAGCGGAAUUGUGGGCGAAGCACCUGUAUCUUCAAGCCGGAGAUAUAAAAUCCCUGAUGAGCAGGAAGCUCAGGAGCAACGCGAGCAGCGCGAGCAACGCAGAGCGCAGCGUCGUGCCGCUCGUCAGCCUGAGCGUUUCGACAUGAACGAGGUACAGCAAAUAGGACGGGAAGGGCACGAAGGGCACGAACGAUAUGAGCGGCCUGAACGAUAUAACGAGCGACGUGAAAGAGGUGAACACCGAGACCGUCGUGAACAUCGUGUUGAACGCCCGGAACGCGUUGAACGCUCAGAACGUCCGGAACGUCUCGAACGCAAUCGGCGCUCGGAGCGUACCGAACGUUCUGAGCAGCUUGAGCGACCUGAACCACCUCAGCUGCUCGAUGACCGUGACUUGCAAGACGAAGGCUAUGACCGCUCUGAAAGAUACGAACGACGUGAGCGACGUGAGCGUCGAGAACGCCGCGAGCGCGAGCGCGAACGCCGAGAACGUCGUGAACUCUACGAAAAACCCCUGGAGCCCCAGACUGAGCACUUCCCAGCUACUGACGAUAGCCAAGAACGACCCCCGGAGCUUGCCCCUGCAUUUGUACCUGCACUUGCAUCUGCACCUACAGAGCGCAAGGGUAAAGAGGUGGGAUUCGACUUGCCGCCAGAAGAUAUAAAGCGCCAUCGUAGCCGCUCAUUUCGCCAGCGUGCCAAUAACUCUCAUUACUCUCGAGAUGACUUCCUACGGCGAUCGCAGUCUCCUGAGAAGGACUCUGGAUUCCCCGUUCCUGAAAAGAGAUUUUUCGAAAUGAAGAAUGCCGAGGGAGUUGUUCGCAGGUCAUCGUCACCGCCACUUCCAGACAAGUCUAUCUACGUACCAAUACGGGAGUCUUCACUUCCAGAAGGGCCGAGGCCUAAAACACGAGACCGGGAUGUUCCCCGAACUCGUGAACGUCGGUUAUCCGAGGCCACCUAUGACAGACCUCGCGGAAGUCGGAUCGAACACCUUCCUAGGCAAUCAGCGCCGCUGGACGAAGGUGAUGAUUCUGCUCGACGAGCUCGCAAUGAACGCAGGCGCCAGAGAGAGGCCAAAGAGGCUAGGGAGCAAGAGAAGAAGUCUGGAGGAAUCAGGGGAGUGUUUAAGAGAUUGUUUAAUUGA